CACUGGCCACCCGCCAUCAAAUUUUAAAAUGGAUCUCUGUAGUUAACCACAAAAAUUAGAAAUAAACGCUUAAUUAUUAUUGAAUGUGAUAUAACAUGGACGCGCCAUCAUUAAAAAACCUCACGGAUUUCAAGUAUAGCGUACCCGCAAAGGAGCAGAGCUUUAUUCUGCAACAACUGGGGGCACCCCACGUUUCCAGCUUUAAUUAUAUGGUAAAUAAGGGUUUGAACGAUGCAGUUUCCAGUCUACACCCUGUCGAAUUCACUCUACCGUCCGGGGAAAGACUUUCCCUACGGAUUGAGGAUGUAUCCCUAAACUACCCCGCAGUGCCUUUGGGAGUUGUUGGCGUGAGAACUCAGCAGAUUUUUCCGACAGAAUGUAGACAACGUAACGCUACUUACUGUGGGAAGUUGAACGGUAAAGUCAGUUGGUCGAUUAAUAACGGGCCACGUAGUUACAUAGAUCAAGACUUUGGUAACAUACCGAUUAUGAUUAAGUCGAAUCGAUGUAACUUGAAUGAGAUGACGCCCAAACAGUUGGUGACGCACAAAGAGCACGAACAGGAAUGGGGCGGUUACUUCAUCAUCAGAGGGCACGAGAAAUUAAUCCGCAUGCUGCUUAUGACGAGGCGUAAUUAUCCUAUCGCGAUUAAACGAGGUGGUUGGAAAGGAAGGGGCGAUCUUUUUUCGGAUGUUGGCAUACAAAUCCGUUGCGUGAAUGACAGUCAAACUUGCGUGCCCAACACUUUACACUUUGUUACCGAUGGGACAGUUAAGUUUAUGUUCGCCCACUUAAAAUUGGUAUAUUACGUUCCGGUUAUGAUGAUAUUGAAGGCGACGUGCGACUAUACUGACCAAUACAUUUAUAAGAGACUAACGGAGGGGUUCGAAGACGAUUCUUACUACAGCGAUUGUAUUCAGAAUAUGAUGAGAAAUUUACAUGCGGAAGGUUUACAUUCGCACGCGGAUUGCAAGGGCUACCUAGGCAAAAUGUUUCGUGUCAAAUUUACGGAAUGUGCCGAAUGGUUUACGGAUGUCGAAAUUACUGAUUACGUUUUAAAGAGUUGUGUGCUGAUCCAUUUGAAUAGUCCCGAAGAUAAAUUCAACUUGCUCGUGUUUAUGAUACAAAAACUGUUCGUCUACGCUCAGGAUAAUUGCAAAACUGAAGGAGCUGAUGCGGUUAUGAUGCAAGAGCUACUUCUCGGAGGUCAUUUGUACCUGCAGGUUUUAAAGGAGAGAUUGCAAAUGUGGCUGAUUUACCUGCGUGCGAGUAUAUUGAAAAAUGCGAAAAGCGGUGCAGGAUUUGCUUGCGGAGAAAAGGAUAUGGCACGAGCCUUGAAAUAUACGGGUGGCGUUGAGACUGUUAUGCAAAAAUUCUUAGCGACUGGUAACAUCAACAGCCCAUCCGGUUUGGGGCUAAUGCAGGACUCGGGAUUGGCGAUUAUUGCAGAAAACAUCAAUCGGAUGCGUUACAUGUCGCAUUUUCGUGCCGUACACAGGGGUGCCUUCUUUCAAGAGAUGCGCACGACGGAAGCGCGUCAGUUAUUGCCGGACGCGUGGGGUUUCAUUUGUCCUGUGCAUACACCUGACGGUGCACCUUGCGGCUUGCUCAACCACCUUACUAUGAAUUGUAUUGUGACAACUAACCCGGAUGAGGAGAUUGUCGCCACAAUACCUGCAACCUUAACAGAAUUAGGCAUGGUACCCUUCAAAGGCAGCCACGCCGGGCUGUGCAUUAAAGAAUGUUACGUUACCCAAUUGGACGGACGAGUGAUCGGAUACGUACAUCGUAGCAUUGCGGAUAAAUUGGUGACCAAGCUCAGAUGUCUGAAAAUUAAAGGGGAGGAGGUUCCCAACACGUUAGAGAUUGUAUUGGUGCCAAUGAAAGAUACACCCGGCCAGUAUCCGGGAUUAUUCCUAUUCAGUGGGCCGGCACGCAUGAUGAGGCCCGUUUAUAAUUUGGUCUUUAAGGAAAUUGAAUUUAUAGGAACGUUCGAGCAAGUUUAUCUCAAUGUCUGUGUAACUCCUAAAGAAAUGUAUAAAGGUAUUGGUAUUAUUUGGUGGUCAAUGUAAGGAUGCCCAUUGUGGGGAUAUUUGGGUAAGAUCUAAUUUUUUGUGUGCAGUUUCACUCGCAACGCAUGCGCAGUGCUUCCCCCUACAUUCUACCGGCAUGAAAAAUCAAUUGUGCAAUCUACUUACAAGUCAGUUACAGACAUGCAGGUUAAUGUAUGCACGUAAGUUGCUGUCUGAUAUCACUGUCGAGUCUGCCAAUCUAUUCUUGCCUUUAGUAAGCGUCUUUCUUUUAGUAGGAAAUUAUCCUCCCCUCCCCCAAUCAAAAGGUAGAUUCAAUGAUCGUUUCAAAAAAAACCACAAACUUCCUAGCAAAGGAAGACUUGAUAAUUCCCAUCAUAAUAGAUCCCUCCAGACCCCCCCAGUGCUACGCUGUUCCCCAUAAAACGUUGUGCUCUCAAGGAUUUGAUAAUGUUGUGGGGAAGAUGAUCAGAUUCUUUUCUCCAAAAAACUAUUGCACAAAACGGAGCUCUAGGGGGCAAAUUUAUACAUACAGUGAUAUUUAUUAACAAGUAGACAUAUAGGUUUAUGUGUAUUGUUUUUCCCUAUGUCCACUUUUAAAAAUCAAAUUCUCUUCUGAAUGGCGCCAAUACAACUCUUAAAAUCGAAUAAACACCUGGCUACGCUUCUUAAACUGUUACCAGUACUAUACCAAUUGACAAUAUCAAUUUUUUCGUCAGUUGAAUACAUCGCACACGGACGAAAAUAAAAAUACGGAAGCCAAAACAACAAUAUUCAAAUUAAUUAAUAUGACCGCCAGAUCUUUAUUGGUUUUAAAAAGGUAUUUAGGUUGCAUACACUUAGGCGCCCUUCAGAAGAGUGAUUUUUGUCAUUUAAAAGUAGACAUAGGGAA